AUGGAUAAAUGGCAAGAAUUACAAGAGCUCUGGAAGGCAUUUUAUUUGGGCAGUUCCGACGAGUAUAAAAUGCGACUGUCAGUUCUGAAUGAAAAGGCAUCGACGAGUAAUGACGUUGAGUUUAUCCAAGCGGUAUUAAAUCUUAAUAAGGAAAUUAAGAGUGCUGACAACAAGAUAAAGCUCGCUUGGGUUACUUCCAAAGUAGGUAACAGGUUCUAUCCUCCCAUAUCUGUAAACGAAGCAACCCCCAUAGCAUGGGACGAAAGCCCAAUUGACCUGUCUCCAGAGCAGGUAAUAAAGUAUACACAAAGAACGGCAUUACAAGAUAGUGCUUUCGAGCGGGACUCAAUGGAACAAUGUCGAGAUAUUCCCGAUUGUUCUUUGAUUGCUUCUCUGAUAAACAUCAAGCAGGCCGCCUUGCUGUUGCCUUCUGUCAAAAGGGUAUCUCAGACACUCUAUCAUGUGAAUUUAUCCUUUAAUGGUGUCUCAAAUAGACUAGUUACAGUCGAUACGUCCUUAAUUCCCACGACAGCUUCUGGAGAGCAACUUUCUCUGCGAAGCAAUUGUUUAGUCGACAAAGUUAUCGAGCUGUCAUAUUUACAGGUGCUAUUUGGUUCAUAUGAUGCUCGCGGAUCGAAUGUAGCAAUUGAUACUUAUAGAUUGACAGGGUUUUUGCCGGAAGUAUGUUCUCUGGAUUGCUACAGUUUCAGUACCAUUUCCCGGUACCAUAACAGUGGAUUUUGUUUGAUAGCACUCGGGACAGGUGGGAAGGGUAGUUUUGUAGAUAAGUCUCUAAGAACAAAUCAUGACUAUCCUCUUAUAAAUAUUAACGAAGCUUCGAAGUCAUUUCAACUGUGUGAUCCAUUGGAUUCUAAUCUCAAUUUACAGCUGAAUUAUGAGAAUGUGUUGAGAAAUUUUUCACAGUUAUAUAUAAAUUGGGGCUGGACGAAACUUUUUAGGUUUCAUAACAAAUUAAACAUUUAUUAUAGUACCGGUAAGUGUAAUGCAUUUGAUUGCGUAUUUGACAAGCCUAUUCUAAAAGUGAUGAAUGAGACCAAAAAUAAAGAAACUGUUUGGUUGUUGCUAGAGUCACAUGUUAGAUGUCAUGCUGAUUUUAAAAACGUAUCAUAUUUAAACAUAAUUUCAGGGGACAUGUUUGAAGAAUCAUAUGCACCCUCUGAUAGUGCCCUGGAUAUUGGGCUCCAAUUGAAAAAAAUUGAUCUUUUACCGAAUGAACACGUUAAUCUCUUUUGCCACUCAAGUAUAAGUAAUUCAUUUACUGUCCAUACAUUUUCAAUAACAUCGGCCGUUCGUACCACGAAGUUAUCUAGUUUUGAAGCAGUGAAGCAAAUUUCUGUAGAGACCGAUGAAAAUAUCAAAAAUCGCCGAAUUUCUUCACUUGAUUACUACUUAAAUCCUACGUAUUCUCUCGAAAUCAAGCAUGAUUCCAAUAGAGAGGUGUUGCUAAAUUUACAGCUAUUAUCAAACAAUAGUUCGGAUCUGCUUAAUUUACAACUUUUCCACUUGAACGACGACGAUUUGUCUAAGCCAAUUCUUUUUGACAACCGGUAUAUGAAGGGCAAAUAUAAUAAAUUAAAAGUUCCAGUCACUACCAACCAAAAAUAUAAGGUCAUAUGUUCAAAAUAUAAUGAAGGGAGCCAUGGUCUCUGUAAAUUAUUGGCGUAUGUGCAGGAUUUCCCCGCAGAAAAUAUUGAAGUGCAUGAAAUUUAUAUGGAAUAUGGGGGACUUCCCUAUCAAACUUGUAAAACUGUGACGUUUGCCCCAAAAAAGGUAAGAGCAAAAAUUUAUUGGAAAUGCCAAAAGAUUAAUAGUUAUUUUAUUAGAGUCAAGCCCUUAAAUGGAACCCCAAAAUACCAUAAUAUAUCUGUAAGGUGUAAUAUAUUCGAUACAGAAACCCACAACAGUCUCUAUAAUGAUGAACAUUUUCAUACCUAUGGAUUAACAAUUUCUAACAUUGAAAUAGGUGCUAAGCAAUCAGUGGGGCUCCUUCUUGAAAUUGAUGAGUCUAAAGAUGACGAAAUCUCCUUUCAGAUAUUUAUUGGAAGCAAAUGGAGUAUAAAUUUAUAA